UUCAAGACCUCACAUUGGAGUAAGAAAAAAAAAGAUUGGAUUGAACCAGUUUGUGCGGAGUUAUAUGAAAAGAUGGACCAACUUCGUGAGGAAUCUUCACAGCCUGGAGCAACCCCGCUAACACAGGAGGAAAUUACUGUUCAAGUCCUUGGGAAGCGUUCAGGGUAUUUGAGAGGUUUCGGGGUUGGUCCAAAGCCGUCUUCUGCAUUCAAUUCUACAACUAGGUCACAAGCACGUGAUGCAGAGGUUAAGGGCCUUAAAGAAGAGGUAGCAUCACUGAAAGGGAUAAUUCAAUCAUAUGAAGGACGCUUUGAGCAGUUUGAACACUUUAUGAGACAAAUGCAGGGCAAUGGUAGUGGAUACGACUCUUUUGAUGACUAGCUAGCUAGAGGCGUAGUCAUGCAUGUUUAUGGAUCUGAGUUUGCCGAUGCAUUAAUUCUAAGUUGUGCAUAUAUAUAUGUGGAGUUUUUGAGAUACUUCGCAUCGGACAAAUAUGACAUGCAUUUGAAAUCUUUGAUGUUUUGUUAAAUAUUUUUUGAUGUGGUGAAUUUAUUGUAAGGAUGGAUGGUUAUUUUGGGCGUGUAAUGUGUUGAUAUUGACAGGUGGUUGUAAAUAAAUUAAUUACUAUUUUGA